GUCUUCGUGACACUCACUAGUUCGUGCAGCAUACGGUUAACAUGUCAGGACGCGGCAAAGGAGGAAAAGUUAAGGGAAAGGCGAAGUCUCGUUCGAGCAAGGCGGGUCUUCAGUUCCCCGUUGGUCGAAUCCAUAGAAUGCUGAGAAAAGGAAAUUAUGCCGAACGUGUUGGAGCAGGAGCACCGGUUUACUUGGCCGCGGUGAUGGAAUACCUCGCCGCUGAAGUUCUAGAGUUGGCAGGCAACGCAGCCCGUGACAAUAAGAAGACCAGGAUUAUUCCCCGCCACUUGCAACUCGCCAUUCGUAACGACGAAGAAUUGAAUAAACUUCUGAACGGUGUUACAAUAGCACAAGGUGGAGUUCUACCAAAUAUUCAAGCCGUUCUUUUACCCAAGAAGACUGAAAAGAAGGCAUAAAUAAUGGUCUCGGACUAUUGAUUCCGAACUUAAAUCGGCCCUUUUCAGGG